UGAGAAUAGAAAGACGGAAAUGGAAUGUUUUGGAAAGGAACAGGUAAUCCCUUCCACUCGAUAAGAUUGUUGUCAAUAAUCCGCUCUCGGUUGAAAAUAAAUAGGAAAAGUGGGGAAAGAUGAUGACCUCAGAAAGUGAGGUGGAAACUCUGGAAGCCAAGGUGGCAAGUGGAACAGCCGUCCUAGAAGUCAGCACGAUGGCUGCAGGUGGAAUAACGAAGCAGGAAAGUCGGGAAACGGAUCUCUUUUCAAACUACAGCACUUCGGCGGAAGGCUCGGUGGUUGCUUCACCGUCCACGGAUAGUUUCUCCACUCUUCCUGAGCACGACAGCUCAGAUUUACAAUUUGAUUCCCGAGACCUACAAAUUAAAGUUGAUAAUCCGCAGAAACAUUUAGAAACAUUGGAGACUUUUGUAACAUUUCGUGUUACAACCAAGACUUCUAGGCCUGAAUUCAGUGAACGGGAAUACAUUGUUCGCAGGCGUUACAAUGAUUUCAAUUGGUUGCGCCAAAAGUUGGUCGAUUCAUAUCCAACUCAUAUAAUUCCACCAAUACCAGGUAAACAUACGCUGCUUGCCCAAUUGGAUCGUUAUUCCAAGGAAUUUAUAGCAUCCCGUAUGAAACUGCUACAUAUAUUUAUGAACCGUAUUGCCAAUCACCCAAUUUUAAGUUGUGACCAGAAUGUACAUAUUUUCCUGUGCGCUAAGCCAGCCGAAUUCGCUGUGCACCGUAAAAACCAUGGAAAUGUCUUUGUAAAAGUGACCGAUUCUUUACAAAACAUAGUAGGUGUUUAUACUCCAAAGCGGCGUCAUGUAGAGUUUGAACGUGUCCGAGAUUAUUGCAUAUCGCUUAGAGAAAAACUGCUGACUAUAGACAAAAUUAGUAAUCGCAUGUAUAAAGAAAGGCAGGACUACUUAUGCGUACUGCAUCAAUUGCAUCCAAUAUUUACACUGUGGGCUACCUCCGAACCUGAACUCUCCCCUGUAUUACUUGCAAUUGCUAGGGCAAUUGAAGCCAAUGCUACUGCGAACCAAAAAUUGUUGGACUCCACUACGAGCGAAGGUCGCGAUUACAUUGCUUACGUAGAUGCAGUGAAGGAUGCAUUAGCGCGACGUGAUUCCAUGCAAGCUGAAUAUGAAAUGACUGUUGAAGAAUUAGCAAAAUAUCGAAUCGAAAAGGAUCAGUUAUUAGGCAUAUCCAAUGGAUCAACGAUGUCACAAAGUUGGAGUGGGUCAUUAUGGAAAGGGGAAUCACGAGACGAGAAAUUGGAAAGACUCGGGCAUACCGUGCCACGUUUGUCGAAACGCGUUGAGAUGUUGCAAGAUCGCGUUGAAUGUGCGAACGAAAACUUACGGAGCGACUUGGAACGAUGGAACAUAGAAAGACGCAGAGAUUUGAAACAAAUGUUGGCAUCUAUGGCCGAUCGGCAGAUUGUGCAUUAUCAACAAUGCAUGCGUGCCUGGGAAGAAGUACUUGCUGGAUUGAAACUCGACGAUGUUGCAUCGAAUGGUAAUGAAAAUACCACAGUUAAGAUACCGCCGUAAAUUCUAGCUCCUUAAUUAUUAUGAUUCAGGGUUCCGAUAUUAUUUAAACGCAGUUCCGAAUUUGUGCAAUUUAAGCCACAGAUCGUUUACUGACACCGGUGGUACCUCUUGCAUAAUAUAAUUAUAGAACAUUUUUCAUAAAGAUGGCUCAUUGCAUUAAAAAAUAGAAAAUUUGUUAAAAUGCAAUUAACCAUUCAUUUAUAUACCAAGAAUGCAAGUAAUGUGAAUCUCUUAAUUUGUAAGUGUAUUCCAGAUAUCCGUGCUUGUUGUCAGUUGUUUCUGCUCAAGGAUCAUUGUAUGUCGCAUUAGCAUUUUUCGAAAAUUACAUCAACGUAACUUUACAAUCAGUUCGAUCAUGGUACUUAAAGGACAGACUAUUGUUUGUAACAGUUAUUUGAUCAAAGUAUCUUUUUAUCUGUAAGAUGUAAGAUUAUACAUUCCUAAGGUCUUGAUAAUGUGGAAAUGUACAAUUUUUUACAAGUUGCAAAUGCAUUUAUGGCGAUCCUUGUUUGCCAAUUACAUUCCGAUAUCUAGUCGAACUGCAUGGCAGCUUUUCGACAAACACGUCCUAUUACCUGCAUACUUGUCCAAUAGCUUGGUAAGACUUGUUGUAAAUGGUUAAUUCUUUAGGAGUACCAAUAAACUAUCAUCUGCCUUUA